AUGACUGAAGAAACUGAACCGAACGGGACGCGUACCCCUGACUCGCAAGUGAUUGAAGAACUCGAUGAUUUCAAUGAAAUCGAACCAACAACUGAAGAAUUAGCAACAUUGGAACAUAUUUCUGAUCAUAUACCACUCGCCGUCUGGCUCAUUGUUAUUUGCGAAUUAUGCGAGCGUUUUGCCUACUAUGGACUUUCUGGACCUUUUCAAAAUUACAUUCAAUUUCCGGAGCAAGGUCCAAAUAAUACACAACCGGGUGCCCUCAAUCGUGGACAGCAGACAGCUACUGCGUUGACAACAUUUUUUCAAUUUUUCUCUUAUCUUGCGCCGAUCGCUGGUGCCAUUCUAGCCGAUCAAUUCUGGGGAAAAUACAAGACGAUUAUUGUUGCAUGUGUGGUCUAUAUGGUUGGUCUAGUCGUUCUUGUCCUUAGCAGUAUACCACCAUCUAUUGAUAAAGGCGUUGCGUUUCCCGGUUUAAUUGUAGCUAUGGUCAUUCUGGGUGCUGGUGCCGGUGGCGUGAAGAGUAAUGUGAGCCCAUUGAUGGCUGAACAAUAUACUAGAACAAAACCUAUAAUCACAGGUGAAUCAUAG